AUGACAUCGUCACAUUCUGAGGCUUCCACAUCGAAGAGUGUCCGAAAUGCGGCCUCGACACCCACCCCCACUCCUCCCAAACACACCCUCGCCGACCUAUUCCACUUUCAAGAGAUCUUCCUCCGCGUCCUAUCCUUCCUCCCUGUGUCGGAUCUCGCUAGGAUACAAGCUGUCAAUUCGCAUUUCGCCAAGAUGAGUCUGGAUCCACAGCUUUGGAAGGGGCUGUAUCUCGCACGUUAUCCACAUCCACAUCACUCAAGACUCAUUUAUGUCGAUGCGCCCAAGACGCCAUCCAAGCGACCCAUCGCCAGGUUGCCCUCGAGGGCAUUUCCUCCUCCCUCGCCGUCGAGAUCGCCAUCGGUGCAGUCUAUGGGACCUCCUGCGUCUGCCUCAUCAGCUUCUACACAUCAGAUUGAGAGAUACCCAGGUGUUGGACAAGCAAAAUCGUUGACCAAUCGGGAAACUGUUGACGUAGAUGGUAUAGGCCACGGUGUGAGGAAUGAUGGUUUAGAUUGGAAAAUGAUGAUGCGUCUCAACACAAAUUGGUCAAAUGGCAAUGUAUCGGCUGAGGCAGAUAUCCCCUUACCACCUUCUCCAUCGCCAUCAGCGACUUCUGAGAUUGUUCCGCCUCCACCGCGUCCUCAAUCUGCACCUUACAACCCUCAACACAUAGCCUUGUGCCCUUCCUUUAUCUUCACUUGUAAUCCCGCAUCACCUCUUGUCAACGUUUAUCGAUCAUCGACCUCCUUUUCAGCCACCACCACCGCGGCUCCAAUAGGUAUCAUCCCUCCCCCUCCUGGAUGGUCCUCACCAACUAGACCAGAUAAUGUGACUGCUAUCUGUGCGGACGAAUCUGUUGCACCAGCUGAAGAAGAUGAAUCUGCUUUGCCCGCUAGGAUAGCAAUUUUUUAUCAAUCUGGCGGUUUUGUCGUUCUCAGCGUUCGUCAUUCUUUCCCGACUGCGCGUCUUAAUUGGAAGAGGGAAUCAAUACAUCCUCCUCAACAACGACCUCGAUCUGUUCGACGACGUGCGACGACUUUCACUCCGCUAGAAGGCGAUCCUGUUGUUCUGGCCACUAUGCACUAUCCCCUGUUACUCACUGGCACACUCGACUUCCAUCUCUCCUUCUACGCCCUGCUUCCUCCAAUCGCCAACGAGCCUACCCGCCCGCUACAUGUGUCUACGAUGCACUCGGAUGUAUCAUUUCAUCCAGCUACCUUGUCCGUAUUCCCUCAUACUCCUGAGUCCUUAAAUGGUCCUGUAAAUGAGGAACGACCACAGAACUUUCGAGCGUCCCUCACUUACUGUACGCCCCUAUACCCAUCUUCGUGGACCGUAGCAGUGCAAGAAUUCGGCAUCGACCUGCCGUCAUCUCUUUCCAAAACGCCUUUGGUAUGGCGAGGUGAAUGUUGGCAUGUAGGUCGGAACUCGAUAUCAAUGGAUCCUUUCAUAUGGCCUAAAAAGGUCGAUCCUGUGAUAGGUAUCAAAGGACGGCGUGCUGUAGGUGUGGGGUCGGACGGUCGAUGGGCAGUGCUGGCAGGUAAUGAUAAUCAAAUUCAAGUUUAUUCAUUACCUACCCCUUCCCCAUCUCCACCUCCAUCUACGAAAGAACGACCUCCAGAACCUAUCAGGCACGCUCAGACUCUGCUUGCUCACAGUUCUUCGGUCACUUCCCUUUCUUUGGUCGGAGGACGGUGUGUAUCUGGUGGACAAGAUGGGAGAGUACUAGUGUGGGAACUAGACGCUGAGGAGGACGAAGCGAGAGUAGGAAGAACGAUUGGUUAUGUGGAAGUUCGAAGAGGUGGAAGAAAAACCUGGAAAGGUGCUUCAGGCCCUUCUCUAACCUCAACUUUGGCGGAAGAUCAAGAAGGUUUACCUCAUCCCGCUAGUAUCUCCGCAGCUGCCAGAAGUCUUUUCUUGCCUCGACCGCCAAUGGAAGAUAACGAGGAGAGACGUCCAGCUAUACGGAGGUUGGCAUUUGAUGAGCAGAAAAUCGUCGGGUUGGUGCGUAUGGGAGAAGGGAAUGAAAUGAUGAAAGUAUGGAGUUUUGACGCUUGA